AUGGCUACUCUUCUUGAUACACCUGCUCACUCAGAAGCCAUUGGUUAUUCGUUCUCUAAACAGAGUAGCUCCAACAAACAACACGGUUUCUACCCGUACACAGACAAUGGCGGCUCUACAUUGGGAAUCACGGGCCCUAACUUCGCAAUUUUGGCCGGCGACACACGUUCCGUUUCCGGUUACAACAUCAACACACGCUUUGCACCAAAAGUAUUCAAAAUCGGGGCUGACGAUGCAGGCGAAGGAGGCCAUAUUAUCUUAUCCGUCGUUGGAUUUUCCGCUGAUGGUCAAGCGUUGAAAGAACGGCUCGAUGCAAUCGUUAAGAUGUACGAGUAUCACCACGGCAAGCCCAUGUCUGUCAAGGCUUGUGCUCAACGUUUAUCGACCAUUUUAUAUUCGAAGCGUUUCUUUCCUUACUAUGUCCAUGCCAUAUUAGGCGGCCUGGAUGAAGAUGGCAAGGGUGCUCUCUACAGUUAUGACCCCGUUGGCUCGUAUGAGAGAGAGUACUGCCGUGCGGCCGGCGCUGCUGCCAGUUUGAUCAUGCCGUUUUUGGACAACCAGGUGAACCUUAAGAAUCAGUAUGUUAAAAGCGCUGAACGCGGUGACGAACUGGUUCCAAGAGUCCCAGAGCCUUUAUCAAGAGACACAGCUUUAGAACUGGUUCGCGAUGCGUUUACGAGCGCCGUGGAGAGACAUAUUGAAGUUGGCGACGGAUUGCAGACUAUGAUCAUUACGAGCGAUGGGAUACAAGAAAUCAUCACUCCUUUAAAGAAGGACUGA